AAAGUAGAAGUGAAUACGCUUAAAGGAAGAGAAGAAAUUACUAUUGCUAAGUUAACCCAAACCGAUGCCUGUUUGGAAAAGAUUGAAAAGGUUGUUAUACUACUUUUGAAUCAGAAAGUUUGA